AUGGCGCAAACCCAUGGCGCCAUUUGGGAACUUUCUCCAGAGCAGACGACGCAGAUGACCUCCAUGUAUCCGGCUUGUAUGAGGUCCCCAUAUGAGGACUACAACUGGGAAGGCUACCUGGAGCGGCCGACCAGCGACCACCGUUUCGAGAAGGCCAGCGAGGUCGUUGAGGGUGCGAGGCCGACCAGCGUGUCCCCACGGGCAGUCUUUGUGGAGAUUCGUGAUGGGCAGCCCGGAAGCCCGGAACCGGAGCGCCGUCGCCUCGCCUGGUCGGAAUCGGAACGGCAGACCGUGGACUGGCCGGGCAAGACAGACACCUUUCGUUGUGUGUCAGAGCGACGAGCUGCCCAGUGGGUCGAGGAGCGGGUUCGACCGACCUUCGACGACGGCCGUCGAGUCGAGUCGAUGGCGAUGGCGUUCGUCGAGUCCCCGGUUGAUCCAGAGACCUUUUCAGGCGCUGUGACGGCCCAGUCACUGUGUGCCUCGGUGGGGUCCUUGGCUACAAAGAACAAGGGCUUGUGGAAGUCCAAGCGAAGCUUGGACUUUGUGGCUGGACUUCUCUUCAUGGCCAGCAACCCUGACUGGAGCCGCGACCCCAAGCGUGCGCUGCUCAUGGCUGCUGGUGAGGUCGCCCACGAAGCAGCCAAAGCCUUGCAAAGCUUCUGGCGACAGAGCUGUCAGCGGAGAGAGGCGGCCAUCAACCUGCGAGCGAGGGAGGCGGUGGCAGAGUACGCAAGGACGGAGAAGGCCGCCUCAGGACCUCGAUCCGACCCGAAGAAACCCAUCGGUGCGCGUGCGCGCGCCGGCUCGCACGAGCGCGCCCGGCCCGCUGGGCCGACGGAGCAGACGUGCUCUGAGCGCGGGUGGAAGUCGAACCCUCGGCCAUCGCCGGCCCGUGGGGUCCCGAUGAACCCGCUACAAGCGAUGAAGCAGAGACUUGCUCAGCAGCAGCACGAGCUGGAGGAACGGCGCUGGCAAGGCCGGCAGGAAGCCGAAGAUGCACGCCAAGCCAGAAGGACGCCAGCUUCGCCCGAGGUCAGUCAAGCAGGGUGUCCUUCUUCGGCGCGGGGCGCAGAGGUUUCGCCGGAGUCGUCGACUCCGCCGGAGGAGUCCGCUGUGGAGGCGUUGUUGGCGAGCCUGGCAGCGGACUCUCGGCCGCUGGAACGAGAGGGGCAAGACACGCAGGAUUCCACCGCCACGGCUGCCUCCACACCAAGCGGCAGCUGCGGAUUUGCAGAGGCGGCAGGCGAGGCCAUGCCCACGCCGUUGGAACUCCGGAAGCUGCGGGAGGCAUCCAAGGUCAAAUCCGAGGCCUCUCCCACUGCGAGCACAGGAGCGCCAUUCCUUUCGGCGCCGCUCGCCGCCACCGAGCGGCUCCGCGACCGCUUGAAGAAGCGGGAAUCUGGCAAAGGCGAGUUCAGGACCCCUCGUCCUCCAGCAGAAGCUGGAACAUCGCAGAUCAACUGGAAGGAGCUGAAUUUGAGGUCCUUGCGAGUCCUUGAUGGCAGAAUUUGCGGAAUUUAG